UAAUUUUAAUAUAUUAGAACAAUAAAUUGACAAAAGUUUGUAUUGAAUUAAUUUCAUUUGAGUUCUUUUACUUCUUUAUAAAUGAAGCAACAAUGGAGUUUAUUGCUAAUUCAACUUAAUUGUAACCAAGUAGAUCAGAGGACCCAGAGGAUACAGGAUAGUAUAGAAUUUUGUCAAGACGUUAUGGGUGAAUUAUCACAAUAACUUAUGGAUUGCAACAGACAGUUGUAUUCAGCAUGUGAACAAGGGGAUACUACUUGUGUGCAAGCUCUCCUUGAACAAGGUUGUGAAGUAGACUGCCCUUUAGAUGAUGAGGAAAACACCCCACUACAGGUGGCUGCAGCAAAUGGCCAUGAGCAAGUUGUACGGCUGCUUAUUAUGAGGGGAGCAGGUCUUGAUAAGUCAAAUAUUUUUGGGUGGACACCUUUAUUACAAGCUGCACGAUAUGGUCACACAAAUGUGGUCGCUCUGCUCCAUCAACACCAAGCUGACCUGCAAGCCAGAACACGUUAUGGAGCUUCAGCCUUGAUGCUGGCAGCCAAAGGGGGGCAUCUCCAAACUGUCAAGUACAUCAUUGAUUUGGGAGUUGAUAUUAACGCAGUUAACGAAGGCUGCGAGUUCACACCCAUUUUGUUAGCAGCACAGCAUGGACAUGAUGCAGUGGUCCGUGUUCUCCUAGAUAGAGGCUGUGAUGCCAGCUUUAGUACCAUGUCUACUGGCCUCACACCACUUAUGAUUGCUGCCUUGAAUGGUCACAUGACUACUGCUCAGAUCAUAAUUGAGCGUGGAGGUGAUCCCAACAUGACGAAUGUCUGUGAUAAAACAGCACUAGAAAUAGCCACAAUAAGAGAUAAGCGAGAAGUCAGAGGGUACCUUGAUAGAAAGACAACCAAUAAACCAAAGAUGCUUCCAGAUGAUAUUAAACCUGACAUCAUUGAGGCUGCUAAGCAUGGUGAUAUACAGAGAGUGAAAGAAAUUUUAGAACAAGAUCAUGCUCAAAAAGAUGCUCAUUCUCCACAAGAUGGGGCCACCCCCUUGAUGUUUGCUGCCAUGACAGGUCGUCUUGAUAUUGCGGAGCUGCUGGUUACUAAAGGCUGUGAUGUCAACAAGCAAGAUUUAAUCAGUGGCUGGACUGCUCUCAUGCAAGCUACUUAUCAUGGGAAAAAGAAUGUAGCUAUGUAUCUCCUUUCAAUUGGCGCUGAUGUUAAUAUACAAGCCAAAAAUGGCUGCACUGCAUUUGAUAUGGCUUCUUUAAUAGAUGAUGUUGAUACUGAGUUGUUGCGCCAGUUAGCAGCUAAAGCCAUGCAAGUUAAUAAAGUGGAUAAAAACAAGAAAAACAGAUCAAAACAAAAUGAUGUCAGCUCUUCUUUGACAACAGAUUUGAGUUUAGAUACUGAUGUACCCAAGAAUGGAUUGAAGGGGUGGUGGAACCGAAUGUCUAACAGAUUUCGGAAUCUUAAACUUGGUCGUACAUUUACUAGCAACAACCGUCUGGCACCACUUGAAACGUCCCAUUCUGUUCAGGAUCUGACCAAAAAAUCUGCAACACCACCACAAAUCCAGUCAGCUCGGCUGGAAAGGAAAAAUCUGUCUCACGUGGAACAGACAAGUUUAACAUUGACUAGCUAUGACACUAUGUUACUGGAGACCAAACAAAGUGCUUCUCUCUACACUUUGGAAAUUCCCCAUUCUGCCUUGUCUAGUGAAACCCUCAAGCCAGUCAUCCCACCAUUUUUACCUACUCCAAGUUUUGCACUGGACAACUCUGACCACUCACAUCGUCUGACCUCUAACUUCAGGACUUACAAAACCGGGGAUGAAAACUAUAGAAACCCAGUGCUAAAGCCCAUCAAAGCCCAAAGUUUGUCAACUGGAAACCUGACCACCAACUCAACAAGCCGCAACAGCUACACCAUUGGUCAGCCCAGCGACAACAGCCCUGACUCUUCUGGUGGGAGCAGCAACAUCACAGCCCUGCACACCAAAAUGGCUGCUCAUAGAAAAUAUGCCGUUCUUGGGAAAUCAAGACCAAAUGACACCACUAGUAGUUCAGAACUAGGUCAAGGUCCAUUGUUUGCUUCAAGUUCAAACAUUCCUGGACCAAGGUUCUCCCCUUUCUUACCACAGCACACCCCCUCAAGAUUAUUUAUGCCAAGAAAGUCAACAACUACACCCUCUGCAUUCCGUACAAUGUCCAACACAACAUCCCCAAACAGUUCAACUAGCGGAAGCUCGUCCAUUACUCCUCAGAGGUCCUCAAGGGGACGAAGUACAUCUUCAAAAGGGAGCACCACCUCCACACUGACACCUUCACCCUCCCCUACUCCUGGCAAAUCUGCUGAAGAUGCACCUCAGGCUCUUGACAGUUUGCAGGAGAAAGAUGGACAUGAUGAUGAACUUGCGAGCAUAAUGAAAAAAUUGUCCCUUGAAAAAUAUAAUCCUAUUUUUGAAGAACAAGAAGUUGAUAUGGAGGCUUUUCUCACCCUAACAGAUGAUGAUCUUAAGGAACUUGGCAUCUCUCAUGCUGAGUCCAGGCGACAAAUUUUGGCAGCCAUUUGUGAUUUAAGAUCAGGAAAGGGAAGAGAGCGACAGCACUUGGCAGAUACAAUGUCAACAUUUAAUUCAACUCUAAAGGCUAGAGUAACAGAGGGCAUUCCAGAGCACACAGGUAUCUCUCCAUGGAGUCUACAAGAUGGAAGUUUUCCUCAGGGUCAUGCAACUAAAUCCAGAAUGUCUUGAAAGUGAUUUACAAGGCAGUUUAUGGUCUUCUACUUUGUAUUUGAAAAUCAUAUUUGAGUACAUUUCUGUUGUCGCAUUUAUCUUUGGUUGCCUCAUUCACUCUUUAUGUUUAUGCUGUUACAAUGUUAACCUGUUUUUUUUGGUGCAAUUUUAAACCAUUGUUUUUCCACAUUGAGAGCAUCUUGACUAGUGCCAGAAAUCUGCUGAUGCAUUCAAAGAUUAAGCUAAAUCGAAAGUGAUGAAAAUAAUUUGUUUUUAAACUUUGUAGUAUUUUAUAUUUUAUUGUGAUAAUGGCUUAGCUCAUAUUGUAUAUGAACGUAAUUGUUGGAACACAUUUUUCUAUUAGAAUGAUCACAAAUCCUAUUUUUUCUGGAUGAAACUUAUGUGCAAUCACUAGAUCUAGGUAUUCAUUCAACAAAUACGACCCUGUCCGUCCAAGUUUUACAGCCAUACUUACUGGAUAACAUCACCAUUUCGCUGCUGCGUUUUUAAUUUUCAGGUUCUUUUUUUAACACCUCCUUCCGUCCAUCACCUAUUUUCUGUUAGCAAAAUUUUAUUAUCAUAACAUAUUCUGAGGUGUAAGUACUUGACUUGGGAUUACAUACUAGAUUUUUAGAUGAAAGUACAGCUCAUACUUUUCACAACUAUUCUACAGACACCAAACAGAAAAACCUGUAAAAGUAAACACAGUUUUAAGCUGUUUUUUUUUGUUAACAGGUAUUAUUUAUAAAUGUUUAAAAUGAGCUCAUUUUUCAGUAAGGGGUUAUAUCUUUAUAAAUUUUUUAGAUUUUAUUUUAAAUGGUGACACAAAUGAAAUGAAUAUAAAUGAAAUCAAACCUUGAAAUAAAUAUCUCAAUGUGCAAAUGUUAAGUGGUAAUGCCAGUUUCUGCCCUCCCUAAACUUGAUACCUGCUUUCAUGUUUGUUGAUGUUUUUAAUGAAGAAAUCUUGUAACACUUGGUAAUAAUUUAGAUCUAGCACUAAAAGUAAAGUUGUAAAGUUUCCCUUUCAGACCUGACGGUCUAUGGGGCAAGUGAAGUAGAGUUCACUUGUUUCUGUGACCUCGGCAUAUGAAGAGAUAGUGUGGUCAGCACUAUGCCCAGCCGCCUUUACUUUCCCAAACGAGAGUUAGGUACCCAUCAGAGUUGGGUGGACUCAGGGACGGUCUACUGACUUGAACCCGGAUUCGAACUCGAGACUUUCGGGUUAGCAGUCCAGCUCUCUACCGCUAGACCACUCCGUCCCAUAGAUCUAGCACUACAAAUGUUUUUUAUACAUCAAUUUUAUUCUGUUUAUUUGAGAAAAUAUUAUUUAAAAUGUAUUAAGUACUUUAACAAACUGUUCUUGAAGUUUUAUUCUGUUUAUUUGAGAAAAUAUUAUUUAACUUGUAUUAAGUAUUUUAACAAACUGUUCUUGAAGUUGUAGGUGCAUUAAAAAGUUUAAAAUGUGUGAGCAUUGAAAACUGCUUCAUCCUACCACAAAUAAUUCAGCUGUUUUAGUGGAGUUAUUCAUCCUUAUUUUUGUGUAAGUAAAGUUCCCCUUCCCAACCUGAUGAUCCUAUGGGGCAAGUGAAGUAGAGUUCACUUGUAUCUAUGACUUCAGCAUAUGAAAAGAGAGUGAUUAGCACUAUGCCCAACCACCUUUACUUUCCCUAUCAUGAGUAAGGUACCCAUCAGAGGUGGGUGGACUCAUGGACAGUCGACCUCCUUGAACCCAGAUUCGGACUCGAGACUUACGGGUUAGCAAUCUAGCUAUCUACUGCUAGGCCACUCCGUUCCUUAUUUUUGUGUAAUAUCAGAAAUAACUGCCACCCUCCAUUACACCUAAAAAUCAAGCUCAGUUAGAUUGUUUCAAUUUAUGUUCCAUUAAUGUUCAAGUUCUUCCUUAAACAUAAGCUCUAAGAAAAAAGUUCAAGCUUUUUUAAUAAAAUAUUUUACAUUACUGGUAAUGUUUGUUUUUCAAAGAAACAUUUCUCAUUAUGAAUACCUAAUAAAUGCAAAAAAAGAAAAAUGCUCAUGUAGAAAUAUUUGAGCACAGAGGUAGCAGAAGCCAGUCCAUCUGGGAGGAUGCAGGAUUUGAAGUCAGGCAACUGAACUUAAGACUUGCAGGUUUCUAUACAAUUUAACAAUGUUGCACAAAAUGUGAGAGAUAAAUACGUUUGCUGCAUAGCUUUUUUUCAGAUAGAUAUGAAUUAUUAUUAUUAAGUUUUUUUUAUGUUUAUCAAUACUCUUUAUUUGAAAUGUUCUGAUAAUGUUCAACAUGGUUAAUUUAAUACUUAAAAAUUUUUAAACAGAUAGUUGCAAAAUAGGAGUAGGCAAAAUUUGAUAUUACUGCAUGUAGAAAAGUCUCAAAUAUGUUAGAUUUAUACAGUUGUGUAACUAUCAUUUUGUUGUUGUGAACAGAAUAUUUAUUGACAUUUUUAAUUUGCUAGUCAUGAUUGUUUGAACUGUCUCAAAUUUAAUGAUUGUUUUAUAGCUCACUAAUCCUCAAAAUGUGUAUUUCAGAAUGU